GCCAGAGUCCGCGCUCAGCUUCAGAGUGCGCCUGCGCCAAGUCCCGAGCGGCGUGGUUGCCUGGAAACGGUGGAGCCGCGGUUCAAGCCCGCGGGUCCUGGCUUCACCAUGGCCAAAUUCGUACUCGCUGGUAGAGCAGAUUGCCCAUAUUAUGCUAAAGCAGAACUUCUGGCAGAUCUUUUACAAAAGAAUCUUCCUGAUUUUCGGAUACAUAAAAUUACACAGCAUCCUGAUGUUUGGGAGGAGUGGCUGAAAGAGUUGUGUAAAAAGAAUAAGUGGAGUCACAAAAAUUCCCCCAUCAUCUGGAGAGAGCUGUUGGAUCGUGGAGGAAAGGGUUUGCUUUUGGGAGGAUAUAACGAGUUCCUAGAACAUGCCCAGCUUUACUAUGGUGUCACCUCUAGCAUGACAACUGAGCUGAUGAAGACAGUUGCUCAAGAGAACCUGGGGGCACACAUAGAAAAAGAGCUGGAGAAAGAAGCCCUGAAAGGUCUCAUCAACCCCUUGCAGGUCUGGAUCACCAGUGCAUCGGCUCCUGCCUGCUACAACCUAAUUCCCAUCUUGACAAGUGGUGAAGUGUUUGGACCGCAUAUGGAAAUUAGCAUAAACCUAUUUGACAACAAGCAGGCAGAAGAGAAACUCACAAGCCUUGUGAAGGAGGCUCAGGACCUGGCGUCGCCCUUCCUGCGGAGUGUGUCCGUCUGCACCCAAGCGGAGGAGGCCUUCCGCCAGGCCCACGUGAUCAUCUUCCUCGACGAGCACGUGGACAAGGAGGUGUACAGUUUGGAAGACUGCAUCCGGAGCAGGGCUACUCUGUGCCACCUCUACGGAUCCCUGAUUGAGAAAAAUGCUCAUGAUUCCGUCAGAAUUAUUGUGGGAGGAAAAUCCUUUGUGAAUCUCAAAGCGUCUUUGCUUAUGAGAUACGCCCCAAACUUCGCCCACAAUAUUAUCGCUGUGGCCUUGGGCGUAGAAGGCAAAGCGAAGGCGGAGCUGGCCAGAAAACUGAAAACGACUCCGUCAUGCAUCAAAGAUGUGAUAAUUUGGGGUAAUAUUAGUGGAAAUAACUACGUCGAUCUGAGAAAAGCCAAAGUUUACAGAUAUGAGAGUGCUGUUUGGGGACCUCCUCACUAUUCACGCCCUGUUUUAAGCCUGAUUUUUGAUAGUGAGUGGGUAAACAGAGAAUUUGUGGAAAGUCUUAAAAAGUUCACCGCCACAGGAAGACAAUUUGGGGGCAUCUUAGCUGCACACAGUAUAGCCACUACGUUGAAAUACUGGUACCAUGGCUCACCCCCUGGGGAGAUUGUGUCUUUAGGGGUACUAAGUGAAGGCCAGUUUGGUAUUCCUGAAGGGAUUGUCUUUUCUAUGCCUGUGAAAUUUGAGAAUGGAACUUGGGUGGUUCUUACAGAUCUCGAAGAUAUUGAAAUAAGUGAAAAAAUAAUGACCAGAAUGACAAGUGAUCUAAUUCAGGAGAAACUUGUUGCACUUGGAGAGUUGAUAAAUUUUCAGCCGUAUCAAUCAGAAUAUAAAGAUUUCUUUUCUGAUCUAAUGCCAGAUGAUGAAAAAGAUCUAAUUUUGUCAGAUGGUACGUCUGUCAAGUGAUAAGCAGUCUGCGUUGUGCUAAUGGUCGUGACACACAUUGUCCAGUCUUAGAGAACGACCCUGUGGUCAGAGAACACAGUCCAGCAACCGAAGUAACUUUGAAAUAACUCUGUUUCUUUUAUUCAUAAACACUUUGAAGGAGGGAUAAAAGAUGGAAGCAAAUUUUUUUUUAAUGCUGAAAUUGCUUCCAUGUCAUACUCGCCUCAAACUCUCCCCAAUAAGUUCAGCUCCAGCCUCUAUGUCUCAUCCUUCUCACCUUUUCUUCUCAGUCCUUCAUUACAAAGCUCAAAAUAGCUGACAGGGCAAGUCAGGAUCCUCCUCAGAAUGUGGGUGAAAGGAAGACCCUGACAAGUCCAAGUUAGAAUUCUCUUUAACAGGGAAAACCUGGGAAUUUUUAUACAUGCAUACAUAUAUGUAUCUUGUAUAUAUUUGUAUAUAGGCUUAUAUAUUUUCUAAAUCUGCCUAUACGACCUGUAUAUCUAGAAGAUAAUAAUAAUCUAGUCUGUUUCCAUCUUUACUACUUCUUUACUUAAAACUCUGUGUACAGGAGGGAGCUGGCAAACACUGAAACAUUGCCAGUGAUUUAUCUUGUGGGGACCAAGGUUUCACAGGGAAGUUGGUAGAAAGAUGCUACACUGAGCCGUUUGGCUAGACACCCGUUUGCCCCUGACAGUGGUUUAUCCAUGAUGCCAUAUAGAAGUGAUCUGGCAUCUUGCAACUUUCAAAGAGGACAAGGCAUUCAGAGAAACUUGGAGUAGAAGGAAAAAGGAAAAAAUGAAAAUAACUGCAAAACUCAAUGUCCUUUAAAUACUAAAAAAACUCAGUUCUUUUAAUUCUCUAUAUACUGCAGUAGAUUUUUUAGAUCUGAUUCCUCAAACCAGCUCUGAAAAGUCACAAAAUCAAGAACACACACAUGGUAGCUGGUAGACAAACAUUAAUGUUAAAAGGUGGUCUUUCGGGCUUCCCUGGUGGCACAGUGGUUGAGACUCCGCCUGCCGAUGCAGGGGACAUUGGUUCGUGCCCCGGUCCGGGAAGAUCCCAC